AAUAAAAAUGUCAGUCAUUCAUUAAGUUAAAAAUAUCAAAUGCAGGAGUUACAAAAUUCUUGAGCUAUGCAGGCAACAGAACAAAGAUUUGCUUCAGGAAAGACUGACUUACACUGAAAGCUAAUGAUUUAACAGAGGGGAGCUAGGAAAUUUGUUACAAAACAUGAUUAUAUUAUAAACAUAAUUUGUAAUAUAUUACAGAAGCAUAUUUAUACUAACUAGUAAAUGUACAAACUGUUAAGCCUCUCUGCACUUUCUAAUGAGUAUAUAGGAUUUCAGAAGCAACCUCUCAUUCAUAUAUGAACAGUUAAUACACUUUGUUUAUCAGACGUUGCAGAAUAAUUUGGGUGAAAGAAAAGGUGAAUAUAAGGAUGAAUCCAGAAGCACAGUGUCUACCUGGCUGAUUAUAAUUAUGUUUUUCUAUUAAUUAUUUCAAAUCAUCCCAAACUUCUGUAGCAUUAGGUAAAGUUUGUUCAGUCUCAAAGUAAAAAAGGUAGAUACUUGCAAAAGAAACAACCUUGCUAAGUUAGUGAUUGCUAUUUUGGCAGUCAUUGGUUGCAUUAAUUGCAACCAUUAAUUGUGUGAAGAUUGCAUAAUAGUGGCUUAUUACAGCAGUUGCAUCAAAUGACUUCUAUGACCAAUAUCAGAGAAAAGGGGAUCUGAUGCAGAGCUUUUUGAAGUAGAUGAGGUUUGCAACAGUAGAAUAGUUUCACCACAGAAAAUAAAGACAAAUAAUCCAGCUGGUUAACUAAAUUAUACUUAUGAUACUUAUUUGCCUGUAAAAUUAGUAGCUUGUCUCAGCUGAAUGCUUCACUAAGAAAAAUAGGUAAAGCAGAAGUAAAACGGGCUAGACUGCUUAGUGUUUGAGCAGUAGUAUCAUCAUUUUGUGCAUGUUUUGUCCCUUCAUUUUUGUCAGAGCGCCAACAGAAAAUAGUAGCCCCCAGUGACUGAGUUCGACUCUUUGGUGUUACUGACUCGUGUCAUUCUUUAUUGCUAAAAGUGUUACAAGAUGUAAGGAGUGCAAAUGCAUUCCAACUUGCUCAGAGAUGAGCUAGCUUACCAGCUUCUGUGCUGCUACAUCUGCUUCUGUGUUGAAGAGCACAGCUUUGCUGUGUGCCUCUGCAGGUGCAUUUUCUUCUCUCCACAGGCUGCUGCUACAUACUCCCACGUUGUCAUCUCCAUGCUUUAAGCAGUGUGGCGUUUUAAGGUCAACAUCCAUGGAAAAGCAGAGUACAUGAUGAGUGUCUGUCACUGGUAAUGUUUGUGUAUCCUGACCCUAAAUGCUACCUUCCCAGUGUUGGUCAGACAGGGCCAUUGCUGCUCUUCUCAGGAGUUAUUGAAUAAGUGAUGGCUGUUUGGAUAUCAGCAGCACUUCUGUGAACUUGCUAAGGACUUUCUGAAAUGUCUUCUUGUAUUUGUUAUUCCAUUUGCGUUCCUGAAGAAAUCUCCCCUGGCUUUAGGACAGUCAAACAUGCCAAUUUUCUGACUUGGCAGUUAGGAAACUGCCAGCUCUUGUGUCUCCUGCAUUAUGGUGCAGCUUGGCGGCUUCUGUUAUAGCCUCUGUGUGCAAAAUGCUGUGCUCAGAAAAUCACACAAUGUACUUUCCCAUGGUACUUAGAAAUCUCAGUCUCAGCCUAUGGCUCCUUUCACUGCACCUCUUUUUUUUUUUUUUUUUUUCCUCUUUUUCUUCAAUUUUAAUGUGUGUUGUUUUUAGUGUCACGUUGUAUAACACUUGCUGCUUGGAUAUGUACAUAUUCUGCCCCAUUUCUCAAUCUUUGCUCUUAUAAUUCUCUAUUUUCUUCCGUUUCUGCAACCCUGGAGCUGUCCUAGACCUGCAUUUCCUUUUUCCUGUGACUACAAGUCCAUCCUUUCUCUCCUCAAUCCCAUCUCCACAUUGCCUGGGUGGCACCCUGGUAAGUACAUCCACAUCUUUAUCAGCUCUUGCCUUGAUUGAAGCAACUUCCAGUCAUGCAUCUCUCCUGUGGCUGACUGGGCGUUAGCAGAAGAUAAUGCUGUGAAGGCCUAUGCCCAGAUAUUCAAGCAUUGACCUGUGGGAUGCAAAAAGACUUAGAGAGUUAGGUCAUUGGAGUCUUUCACAUAAUUACUGUAGGUUCUUUCCAGCUUUGAUCAUCCCAUGCUUUCCUCUGCAAAGGUUGGAAAGACGUGAGCAGGGCUUCUUGCGUCCCUUUCCUUAGGAGAGUAUUCUGCGUGUAGUAGAUCUGACUGUUAGAUGUUCUUUCCUAAAUUAGUCCUUUCCCUAAUCUGCUAUUAUUGCCAGUUAUAUGUGCGGCAUGAUAUUCCCCACGAAGAAUCAGUUAAACCCACUCUUUUUAACAGCAGGGGAAAAUCUCUUCAUUACAUGAUGAAGAAGCCAAAAAAAGCUGUCCUCUUUCAUUAUGCUUGACAGAAAUGCUUAUGUUCAAGGGGUUUUCCUCCUGAAUGAUCUUUAAAACCAGGAAAAUCUGACCUCAAUUUGUGGUUCCCAUGAAGCCCUAAUUAGUAAUGACAUCAUGUUACAACUCCAAAUGCUAUUCAGCACUUGGUGCUGGGCGAUUUUGUGCAUGUGCCUGUGUGGGGUGGUGGGGUGGUUUGGGGGACUCACCUCUGUGGAUAACUUGCUAGCUGAAAAAAGGUCUCAUAGACAUAGUCCAGCUGGCUGGACAAAAAUGCACAUCGCUCUCAGCUUAUCUGAAGUAAAGCAAAAUACACUGUCUUUGGCUGUCCUUGUUACACAAUAACAGGAAGAUUUCGGUGGGAAAAGAAUGUUGCAGGUGGGAACAGAAAACUACAGAAGAGAAACUAGGGGCGGGCUUGGUAUUUAGGCAACUAACCAAUAAUGAGCUUAACUUUUGUAAUAUGUAUGAGCUAAUUAUAACAAGGCAUAAAAGGUGACUGUAAGGUACAAUAAACGAAGUCUGCUGAUCGCUCAUAUUGAGUGACUGUGUCUUCCCUCCGUCGCAACACACCUGCAGGGGUUUGGAAAUAAACCCUGCAAAACAAAGCUUUUGGGGUUUCCUGCAGUAGGCUAUGAUGAGAACCUGUGGAACUUAGGCGUUGAACUUGUUCAGAGCUUUGAAGCAAUCUGUUGAUUUGUUUCAGAAGUCUGCAUAGCAGAAAAAGAAAGAGAUGAUUAGUUUCUGUAGCUCUUUGAGGGAGAGGAGUCUUGGAAAGCAGAAUAGCAGUGUGUGGCGGUGGGAAAGCUGUAUCUUUAGUCAUAAACAGGUAUCUGCAAAACCUCAUGAGACAGAGACAGGGAAGCAGCCCUGCCUCUGCAGAGCAACAUAAUUUCCCCCCCCUCCAUUUCUUUUACUGUAAGUUAAGUGUAGAUAAGUGCUGAAUGGAGGCGGGAAAACCCAACCAAACAAAUUGCUACAAGUGGCAGCAGAGAUAAUUCCCUUAUUUUAUUACAUAUAAAAUAUAGGAGUUGUAGACCGAAUCUUGAAAUCCAUACCCUAUUUUGGUUGAUAUCAGUGAUGACUUUGCUUGAAGAGAGAUACACUAGAGUGGCCUGCAGUAUAGGUAUAAGCAGAUAUAAUACGUAUUUCCAGUGUUGGUGGUUUUCUGUUUCUUGUGUUAGCAACCAAAGCCUCGUGUUUCUGAGCAUGAAGGACACCUUCCUGUAGAUGUGCAUGGUAAGGCAUGACUCUGAUGGUAGGGGUGUUUCCAAAGUUCUGGCAGACAUUUAGGAGAUAUAAGAAUGUUUCACAGAAACAGUUAAUUUUCAUCAUAACUUGGGAUUGUUUGACUUUCAGAAAUGUGACUAUAGUGGAAAUAGCAGAGGAGCUGGAAGCUUGGUAUGACUCUUUAGGAGUGGAGUCUUCUGUUACUUCAGAGAGUAUUAUUUGGGGCAGCACUGUUAUCUUGAGUUCAGAAGUCCUGUUACUAUGGAUACAUAUUGGCCAAAUGCUUUCUAGUUCUCGCAUUACCUAAUUUAGCACUUAAAUAAUGUUUUCUCUUCUGCUUGUGUGAUGAGUAACAUGACUGCUUAGUAAGCUACAUAUGGUGUGUAUCUGCAUCCUGUUGAUAUGAAAGUGUAAGUAUUUAAGCAAGCAUAUAUCACCUCCUCUACAGAUUGACAUCUACCAUUAAUGCCAAAAUUUAGCUUGUAAUGUUGAAUAAGCCAAUUGAUAAAUUUAGGUUUCUAGCUUUACACUUUAUCCUUCUACCCUUGUUUGUUCAGUUCCUUCCUUCCUGUUAUUCUUAUCUAUGAGGUGUUAAUUUCUUAAGUCCAAAAUUCUUGCUUAGUUGCAGCACAAGACUUUUACAGCAAACAGAUUUGGUUUUGUUAAAGACUAUGCCUGAAAACUUUAAACUAAAUGUUUGGACUUUUGACAUCUAAAUAUCAAUGCAGUUAAACAGUAGUGUUUUAUUUAUUUUUAAGACUUAGUUUUGAGGCUUAAUCAGCCUAAACCCAAGCUCAUCCUACUUAUUUAUGCAGAGUAGGAAACAAGAAAUGUUUUUGAAAUAAAAGUACAGGAAAACAAAUGGGUUUGCAACACAUUCUCUUGCUCCGUGUGUUAACAGAUUUACUCCAGUAUCUUCUAAAUUAACCUUGCCAAUGCUAAGAUGACAAAUCAGAUAACUAAGUCAAAGCAAGACCUUGAAAUCCCUCAAGUGAAUCCAGCGUUCAGGCACACAAAGUGCCGAUGCGUUGGUUUCACAUAGAGGAAUUUUUUUUAAUUCUCCCUGAUCCAGAUAAAAGCGUAGGCUAUGCGCUGUAUUAGAAGAGGAGGAUGGGUUUAAUUUUAUGUAUCAUUUGAAUCCAAUGAUGAAAACCUGGUAACUUAAAUCUGAAGGGCCUUUUUGAACUGGUGGACUAAAAUCAGGAAUCAUUAGUGUGAGACCUUGAAGCUGAAGACAGCUGGUUCAGCUCUAUCAGAACAGUUGUACCCGAAGUGAGGGUUUUGUGAGAUGUAAUCGACAGCACAUGUGAAGCCAGAUAAGGUUCUCAGUCCUGCCUGUACAGAGCAGAUGUCCUCAGCUCCACAGAAACUCAGCCCCUCUGCUGUGUCUCCAGCAGGCAGAGAUGAGGACUCUAAGGCUGGGGUUCAUACUUGGUCAGGUCAGCACAAGGUGCACUUGCAGCACCACGGGCCCUAAGGGAUGGGAGAAGGAUAGGGAUGUUUAACAGCGUGCUGUAGAAAGGUGUGAGUUGUUUUGCAGCUGCGUGCAAACAUGUCCAGUCUAUCCCAGUGACACCUGUUCUGUGGUCCAUUUCUCUUAGCUGAUCUCCCUCCUUGAGCAAGUGUUCCACACUUAAUAGUCCCUGUAGAAACAGACCCUUGGUGUCCCCUUGAAUACCUUCCUGAAAACACUUCCACCCAUGCCUGAAAUGCAGUUGUCCUGGGAGAGAUAUCUCAUGCAUGAUGCAUGUUAAGUGAGCGAAACUCUCUCUCAAACUUCUUGUGCCAAAAGAUCAGUGUUGACUCUGAAUUUUUCAUGCGUGCAGCACUGCACAGUUAUCACACUUCUAGUUGAAAACCGUGCAAGCUGCUGAAGAUUGCCAUGGCCAAAAAGCAACCAGUAAUGCAGUUCACAGCUGGGAGACUAAUACAAUGUCUGUUGUAACUGCAGGGGAAUGAGAAGUGCUAUGGCAUAAUUAAUAGUUAUGGUGGACUGUGAUACUAAGUUUUCCUUGAAGGUUGCAAACUUAAAGCUCCUAGUUGGAGCAUCUAGAAGCUCUUUUGUAUCUAAUUUAUCCAGUGUGACUCUUUUUGCAGGUACUUGCCAACCUAGUACUGAAUCAUGGCAAAACAAAUAAUUUGUCUUUUAGAAAAUAAUGAAAACCAGCUUUAUAUAUAUAUAUAUAAACUUCUUAGUUAUAUAUUCACCACCACCACCCCCUUCUUGAAAGCAGCUUUGCUGUUUGAGGGGUCAGUGUUUCUUCUAAAAACCUGCCAAAUGGAUUUCCAGAACUGGCUUGCUUUGUUAAUGGGGCUAUUGCUGUGCUGCGCUCUUCAAACAUCUGCUAUUCAACAUCCUGCAUCUCACAACUGCACCAGUGAUGGGCAAAGAAUAUCCUUCAGCCACUCCUACAAGACUGACCUGCCCACAUCCUCCCAGAUUAAGGUGGAAGCAGACUCAUUACAGCAUGAAGACAACAGUGGAGUGCAGAUAGAUCCUGGGGAGGAUGAGGAAGACAAAGACCAGAAUAUAAUCUUUAGGCACAACAUCCAUGUGCACACACCCAAAGGGGAUUGUGAAACUUUGACUCACAUUAAAGAUCUGUUUAGAAGGAUGAAGAAGCUUGAGAAAGAAGUGGUAGAGCUGAGAGAAGUUUGCAGCCCUCAGAAUUGCUGUGGGGGAAGCCAAGGUGUCUCACACUGCAGCAGCCAUGGGACUUUCCUCUACAAGACUUGCAGCUCUAAGUGUGCCGAGGGCUUGGAGGGCAGUGACUGCUCCCACCCCACCUGCCCCAGCCACUGCAGCGGCCAUGGGCACUGCGACAGUGGGAACUGUAUCUGUGAUGAGCCUUACUUUGGUGAGGACUGCAGCUAUCAGCUCGGUCCUGAGACCUGCAGCGGCAAUGGGAUCUGUGACACAGCCAAAGGGGUCUGCCAGUGCUACAAGGAGUUCAUUGGAGAGGACUGCAGUGAGAAACGAUGUCCCAGGGAUUGCAGUGGCAAUGGGUUCUGUGACACAGGAGAGUGCGACUGCCACGAUGGCUUCUUUGGCCUUGAGUGCUCCCAGGUGCUCAGUCCUCAGAACCUGCAGCUGCUGAACUCUACAAAGAACUCUCUGGCUGUCAGCUGGGAUCCAAUGGCUGAUGUGGAAAAUUACCUCGUUACCUAUCAUCCCAUAGGGUAUGAGACAUUGGUGAAAUAAGUCCACAUGCCCAAAGAGCAGCUCAGUUAUGAGAUUGUGGGUCUCCACCCCAGCACCACAUACAAUGUCACACUUCGUCAUGUGAAGAAGGGGAUUGACAGUGAGCCAAAGUAUCUAGAAGCAAGUACAGUCCUGUCUGCGCUUAAUGCUGUCUGGAUAACAGAGGAGAUGGAACACUCCCUGGAAGUGGGGUGGGAGAACCCGCCAACAGAUGUGGAUUAUUACAAGCUGAAGUUCAGAUCCCUGGUGGAGAUGGAUGAGAAGCAAGUUAUGGUGCCCAAAAGCAAUGACCCUAAGAGUGGCUACAGUAUGACUGGCUCGAAACCUGGCACAGAGUACAAGGUCACUGUCGUACCUGUGAAGGACAAUACAGAGGGGAAACCAUCCUCAGUGAGUGGUAGGACUGGUAUGUGGAAACCCAAUGUGGCAACUGAUCGGGUGACAGAAGAUACAGCCACUGUCUCAUGGAAUAAAGUUGAGGCUCCCAUAGACAGGUUGGUGAGAUACACCUCAGCUGAUGGGGACACCAAGGAAAUAGAAGUGGGGAGUGAAAAUGGCAUGAUCACCUUACGGAAUCUGAAGCCAGGCAUAGAGUAUGUCACCCACAUCUGGGCAGUGAAGGGGCCCCAGCAGAGCAAGAAGGCGAGUACCAGAGCGCUUACAGAAAUCGACAGCCCAACUGAGCUGACAAGUGAGGAGGAUGCAAUUACUGUUUCCCGGAACAAAGUCCAGGCUUUAACAGACAGAUACAGAGUGAGCUACACUGCAGCUAAUGGGGACACAGAGGAGAGAGAGGUGGAGAAAGACAAGAAUAUCACUACCUUGGCAGGACUGAAGCCAGGCAUGGAGUAUGUCAUUUGCAUCUGGGCAGAAAAGGGAGAACAACAGAGCAAAAGGGUCAGCACUGAGGCUAUAACAGAAAUCAACAGCCCAGAUCACCUGGUGACUGACCAAGUGACAGAGGACACAGCCACCAUCUCCUGGGACAGGGUCUAGGCUCUCCUAGAUAUGAACUACACCUCUGUUGAUUGUGACACAGAGGAGAUGGAAGUGGGAAAGACCAAGACUACCACAAGUCUGACAGGACUAAAACCUGGCAUUGAAUAUGUCAUCUCCUGGGCAGAGAAGGGAGCCCAGCAGAACAAGAGGAUCAGCACUGAGGCAGUGACAGAAAUGGACAGUCCCAAGAAUCUGAUUAGUGACGUCGUGACAGAGGACUCGGCCACCAUCUCCUGGGACAACGUCCAAGCUCCCAUAGACAGGUAUAUGGUAAGCUACGCUUCUGCUGAUGGGGACACCUAUGAAAUAGAAGUGAGGAAGGACAGAAGCACUACCACCUUGGCAGGACUGAAAUCAGGCAUGAAGUUCCCUAUCCAUCUCUGGGCAGAGCUGGGAAGCAAGCAGAGCAAGAGGGCAAGCCCUGACACACUGACAGAGAUUCAUCCUCCCAAGAACCUCCAUGUAUCAGUUGUGACUCAUUCUACUGGUGUGGUUACCUGGACUCCUCCUGCAGCACAGAUUGAUGGCUACGCUCUGACCUUCCAGGGUCAAGACAGCACAAGUAAGGAAGUACAGCUGAGUCCUGGCAAACAACCGUUUGUGCUAGAAGGACUGGAAUAAGGAGUGAGGCAUGCCAUCUUUUUGAUGGCCUAUAAGGGAGAUCACCAGAGCAGAACAGACAGUACCUUCUCCACUGUUACCUUCCUCUACCCGUAUCCAGCAGGCUGCAGUCAGAGACAGCAAAGUGCCUCCAGCAGCACGUACACCAUUUACCUGAAUGGGCAUGGCAGCAGGCUGAUGCAGGUGUACUGUGACGAUGGAGGUAGAUGGAUAGUGUUUCAGAGGCAGAGCAGUGGCCGGGUGGGUUUCUACAAACGCUGGGAAAAUUAUGUGGAAGGUUUUGGAGAUCACACUGGGGUAUUUUGGCUUGGUCUUGACAAGCUGCACAAUCUCACAAGCAGCAGCUCCAUCCGCUAUGAGCUCCGGGUGGAUUUGCAGACAGCUAGUGAAUCUGUCUGUGCUGUCUAUGACUUCCAGGUUGCCUGGAGCAGGGACAGAUAGAGGCUGUCAGCGGGGAAUUACAGAGGCAAUGCCGGGGAUGCAAUGACCUACCACAAUGGCUGGAUGUUCACUGUGUGGGACAGAGACAGUGAUGUGGCUCUCAGCAGCUGUGCUCUGACACACCGUGCUGUGUUGUGGUACAAGAACUGCUACUUGGCCAACCUGAAUAGGAAAUAUGGAGGGAACAAGCACAGUGAGGGCAUGAACCGGGAGCCAUGGAAAGGCCAUGAAUUCUCCAUCCUUUUUACUGAGAUGAAGAUCCAUCCUCAGUCUUCCAGUAAUAAGCCAACCAUGGGGAGGAAGAAGAGGUCCGUAUCGGGGAAGAGGAACAAGAUCAGGGCUGAACUCUGUGAAGGACAGUACCCAAAGAUUCAGUAUUUCUUAACAAGUUAGAUUCAGACAGCUUUCUCCAAUACAUUGGACACAAUCGCUGACCAGCAUGCCCCCAGAGAUUGCAUCUGCAGCCUAGCCUGCUUCCAGCCUUUGGAGCUCUUGGUGGAUGGUCUGUUAGAGACUGGGAGAGGGCUUGUGGGGAGCAUCCCUGUAGCUCCCCUGACUGGCUAAACACAAAGACCUGCUCGAUCCAAUGUAUGCACCUUCUAUGAACUUUACAUAAAACAAGCUUUAACACA